AUGUUCACCGACGUGGCGGCGUACGUCAAGAGAAAGGACGACCAUGUCAAGUUCCUCGUCGACGAGUGGUUUGGAGCUGUGGUGGAGGCCAAAGCUGGUCUCAAAGAGCGGCCGCCGGCGACGGCCCAUGGCCUGUAUGGGCUCGUCCUCGCCUUGGCAUGCGACAAGGACCUUGCCCUCGCGAUGGCGGGCAGCGACUUGCACGAUGGGAUGAAGAGCACGUGGGCGGCUCUACACUGUGCCAACCUUCUCGCGGCCAAGUCGGCCCGUGUCGCGGCAGCCACGGGCUUCGCGAACCUUGUCUUACGGACGGACGAGGACGAGGUGCGCGUCGCGGCCAUCUGCCCACGGAACGCUGUCCUGUCGUCGCCCAAGCUUUGCUUUAUCGGCGGCGAUGAUAUCCCUGGGCUUCGUCUCGCUGUCGUGCUCUCUAACGUGGCCUUGACGCUGGUCCCGGCCCCGGUCGUGGACCCGGACGAUGCUGCCGCGGGGUCGAACGGCGCCGCGCCUGUCGGGAACAACGACACACCCAAGGCGGCUGCGCAUUACCUGGUCGUCGAUGCACCGAUUGUCAUCGCCGCUCUAAACAAGGCGGCCGCCCUCGGUGUUGUCGUCGACCUGCCUGCCAAGAUGCAGGAAGUCUUCGCCAAGUCGAAGACGGCCGUGCUCGCCGAUGUGGACCUGUCGGCCAACACGUCGUGGCUGCGCCACAACUUUGUGGCGCAUGCGCCACUGCGCGAGAGCGCGCCGGCGCUGUCCAAGGCGGAGCUUCGGGGCGCUCCGGCGCCAGUCCGCGGGCCAAGCGACAAGUCAGCUGAGCCCCAGCUGCCAACCCGCAACCGUCCGGCUGACAAGAACCGCUCGGUAGCAUCCUCAGCGCCGGAGCCAAUCCCAAGCCCAAGCGCACCCACGACAGAGAAGGACGCAGCAGUCCCGGCGACGGCCGCGAACGACAAGGACGCUUUGGUCGUCGCGCACGCCCAGCACAAGACGCUGUUGGCUCAGCAAGCCCAACAGGAGCAAGCGGCCGACGAGGCCCGGCGGCUGCACACGAGCCAAGUCGCAGCUCUUGACGCGCGCUGCAAGGCCGCAGAGGCAGGACGCAUGGCGGCGGAGGCGCGCUCGCACAUGCUUGAAAUCGAGCUCGCCAAGGCGCAGACAACCGCCGCCGUCGGCGCCGUCCAGAACGCCGGCCUCCAAGAGGCGCUCGGCGUGGCUAGCGACCGCCUCGCCAGUCUCCAGCUGCACAACACGUGGCUGGCAGCACAGCUGAACGCGGCUGCUCAAGGCGCGCCUGCAUAUUGGUCCGCGCCACCUCAAGGCGCGCCUGCAUAUUGGUCCGCGCCACCUCGAGGCGCGCCGGCACAUUGGUCUGCGCUACCUCAAGGCGCGCCGGACGUGGACAUGUCGGCCGUGGACAUGGAGGAAGGCUUCUAUGACGACGCGGCACCGGCACCGUCGCCCUCUGGCCAACCUGCGCCGCCGCAAGCCGACACGACGCCCGCGCGCACCAAGGGCAGCCUCAACGAGACGCUCUUCGGUCUUUUGAACGAGAUGCCAGCGGCCAAGGCGCGAAGCAAGGCGACUCCUGCCCCACAGCCGGCUACGGGCACCAACCCGUUUGCCCCGUCCCCAGCUCGCAAGCGCUCAAGUACCGUGCCUCGCAAGCGCCCCGCCGGACCUGCCAUGCACGCCCCGGCCAAGAAGGUCAACCAGGCGUAG